AUGGGGGAGAUGCAGUCGUGCCUGGACAACUACGAAUUGCAGUCCAUCCUCGCCAACGGGUCGACGGAGAGCGCGUUUCUCCAGGCGGUCAUUGACGACGACGUUCCCCGCCUCAAGGAGAUGGUGCGCGCACUGGACGAGGAGGAUAGGGCUAAACUUGCGGACAUGGUUAUACUAGAGGGAUGUGGAAUGCUGGAAAUGGCCUCGUCCCUGUCCCAAAUGAAGGUCUGCAAGUACCUCGUGGAGGAGCUUGGUUUCGACGUCAAUCUCGGUGGCUUCCGUGGCGGUCCAACACCUUUGGCUGCUGCAGCAGUGUCUGGAGAAUUUAUUUCUGCCAGAUAUCUUCUUGACCAUGGAGCUAAUCCGAAUAAGAUAGAUGGGACAGGCUUUGCUGCUCUUCAUGCAGCUGCUAAAAAUGGGAAUGAAGCGAUAGUGCGUCUGUUGCUAUCCAGAGGAGCCACAGUUGAUAUAGCUGGCGUUCAUGGAACACCCCUGCACACUGCUGCUUCAUAUGGGAAUCCUGGUGCUUUGAAGAUUUUGUUGGAUCACCAUGCAGAUCCAAACAGGGUUUCAGAAGUUUCAGGUACCCCUAUAGCUACGGCUCUUGAUUCUACUAAGCAUGGGUUGAGUGAAUCUAUUUCACUGCAUUGUGUCAAGCUACUUGUCAAGGCUGGUGCUGAUGUGAAUUCCGCUAAUCCAGACACUCCCUUGGUGGUGGCAACCAAGUAUGGCUUGGCUGACUGUAUGAAGUACUUGCUAGAGGCUGGCGCAGACCCUAACAUUCCAGAUAAAGAGCAUGGCCACCUGCCACUACAAAUUGCUGCAAGCUUCGGAAAAAGAAGUCUUGUGGAGAUUCUAUUUCCUUUCACUUCUCCCAUCAGAGCAGUAGCAAACUGGAGUGUCCAAGGAAUUAUUGCUCACCAGAAAUCAGGAUGCUCAAUUCCUAAGAAGCCACGCAACAAGACCAUGGAUAAGAUAGCUGAUCUGAAAUCGCAAGGAGAAAAUGCAGUUAAGAGAAAGGACUACCUUGGUGCUUCAAAACUCUACUCAGAGGCACUUGAAUUAGACAAUUGUGAUGCAACCUUGUAUUCAAAUAGAAGCUUGUGCUAUGUUCAAAUUGGCAAAUCUCAGAAGGCUUUGCUUGAUGCUGAUGUUUGCAUUGCAAGACGACCCAAAUGGGUGAAAGGUUACUACCGGAAAGGGGCUGCUCAUAUGUCGCUCAAGGAGCACAAGAAAGCAGUUGAGGCCUUCUUGGAUGGACUGAAACUGGAUCCAGGGAAUGCCGAGAUUGAGAAAGUAUUGUGGGAGGCUUUGGAGGCUAUGAAAAAGGAUCAUGCUGCUGCAGGAAAUCUCCAAUCAACAGAUUAGCUAGAAUCGCACUGUUUGCACAUGCCUUUUGAUGCGCACCGUCUGAGUUUGGAUGCUCUGUUCUGGUGGCUUGAUCCCAGUUUCUUUGUAAAACUUGCGGAGGUGGAGGUCUGUUCGCCCAAAAUUGUGAAGCUUUUGUUGACUGUCGAGCGCACAGGUAGAUGAAGGGGGCAAAUGUAACGAAGUUACAAUAUCUCAAUGACACAAGUAUCAAAUGGUUCGCAGCACACUUUUGUUUCUUGCAUAGGCUCUUCCAAGACGGGGUCAGUGGAGCGAUCACACAUGUAGCGAUCACAAUAACACCACACUUCCGUAAUCACAUAUUGUUUGGUUGA